GCUUGGAUGAUUGCUUGCAGCAGUAUGUCCAUAAAUUUGAACGAGAGAAGAUAAAUGGUGAACAGCUGUUACAGAUUUCUCACCAGGACCUUGAAGAGUUGGGUAUCUCACGGAUUGGACACCAAGAACUGGUUCUAGAGGCUGUGGAUCUCCUGUGUGCACUGAAUUACGGGCUUGAAACAGACAAUAUGAAGAACCUGGUUCUCAAACUGCGAGCGUCGUCCAACAAUCUGCAAAAUUACAUCAGUAGUCGUAGGAAAAGUUCCAAUUAUGAUGGGACCACCUCUCGCAAGCCCCCCAAUGAAUUCCUUACUUCCGUGGUAGAGCUUAUUGGUGCUGCUAAAGCCUUGCUUGCAUGGUUGGACAGGACCCCAUUUACAGGCAUUGCUGACUUUUCAUCAAUGAAGAACAGAAUCAUUCAGCUCUGCUUGGAUCUCACUACUACUGUUCAGAAGGACUCUACUGUGGCUGACAUGGAAGAUAAAGUUCAGACUGUAGCCAAAACUUUAAAUGGCAUUUGUGAUAAAGCCAUCCGAUCAACUACAGAUCCAUUGAUGAGCCAAUGUGCAUGUCUGGAGGAGGUUCAUUUAACCAACAUUAAACCUGGGGAAGGCCUGGGAAUGUACAUCAAAUCAACUUAUGAUGGAUUACAUGUAAUUACUGGAACUACAGAGAACUCUCCUGCUGAUCGAUCUCAGAAGAUCCAUGCUGGUGAUGAAGUGAUCCAGGUUAAUCGCCAAACUGUGGUUGGAUGGCAACUAAAAAAUCUGGUUGCAAAGUUGCGUGAGAACCCUGCUGGAGUUAGGCUGCUGCUUAAGAAACGUCCUACUGGCUCUUUCCAUUUCACUCCUGCUCCACUAAAGAACCUGCGCUGGAAACCACCCUUGGUGCAGACCAGUCCUCUGUCAACUUCAGCCCAGUCACCAGAAAGCACCAUGGAUACCUCAUUGAAAAAAGAGAAGCCAGCCAUUUUGGAUCUGUACAUACCACCUCCACCAGCUGUUCCCUAUUCUCCUCGAGAUGAAAAGGGGAGUUUUGUAUAUGGAGGAGGAAACAAACCCAGUCAGCCAUUGCCUGGGUCCAAGGGCGCAGAGUCUCCUAAUUCUUUUCUGGAUCAGGAGAGCCGAAGGCGAAGGUUCACUAUUGCUGAUUCAGACCAGUUGCCUGGGCAUCCUAUGGAAGCAAAUAUCCUGCCAGCCAGGAUGAGAGAAAAAACACAGUCCUAUGGAAAACCUCGUCCUUUGUCAAUGCCUGCUGAUGGCAGCUGGAUAGGAGCCGCAGAGCCCUUCUCCAGACCAAGAGCACCAGGGAGAAAAGCAUUUAUUUCCCUGGAAAUGACUUUGAAACCAUUCAUGGAAGCUGAUGGCAAUGCUCUUGUUCCCUUGCGUCAGAAGACAAAAAAGAAAAGUCAAGGGUUCUUUAUAAUGAGCCGACGGAGGAUAUCGUGUAAAGAACUGGGGCAAGCCGAUUGCCAAGGAUGGCUCUACAAAAAGAAGGAAAAAGGAGCUUUCAUUGGCAACAAAUGGAAAAAGUUCUGGUGUGUGCUGAAGGACUCAUCACUCUAUUGGUACAGCAGUCAGCUGGCUGAAAAAGCAGAAGGCUUCAUCAGACUUCCAGACUUCAGUGUGGACCGAGCAGUUGAAUGCAAAAAAAAGCAUGCUAUUAAGAUCAGCCACCCACAGAUCAAGACGUUUUAUUUUGCAGCAGAAAAUGUUCUGGAAAUGAACACGUGGCUAAGCAAACUGGGAAUGGCUGUAGUCCCUCAAGCAUCCAACGGGAAGAAUGAGGAAGAAUGCUACAGUGAAAGUGAACAUGACGAUCCAGAAAUAACAGACACACCUCCUCCCCCUUACAUGGUCCAGCUACCACCUCCUCUUUCGGAUCAGCAGAAGUCUUCUUUCACCUCGACUGUGUCAAGUGAAGCAUCUUGUUCUCUCUCCUCUCCUGAAAGCACUUUCAACUCCCAUGAGUCGUCUUCUUCCUUGACGUCUAAAGUGGCUUAUUCCGAGAGGCAGUCCUGGCUUGACCUAGUUAACAGCUCUGCCACAGAGGAGGGUGAUCAGCCUUUAACUUUCUGCGUACAGAUUCACUCUGAUGAGCCACCAGAAGUAGACUGUGGAGAAGCAGUAGAAAGCCAAGAUGUCCGGCUUUCCAAACCCAGUGGUGGAUCCCAAAACUCUUUUUCAGUUCCAGAUACACAUUGUCUAGCUGUGCCAGAUGCAUCAGGACAGAGAUCACUGGCCAAAGAUCAGGAAAAAUGUGAUGAUGAUGAGAUGGAGCGACUCUACAAAUCAUUAGAACAAGCAAGCCUGUCUCCCAUUGGUGAUCGUCGGCUGUCAACGAAGAAGGAGCUCAGGAAGUCAUUCAUCAAACGCAGCAAAAACCCCUCCAUUAAUGAGAAACUCCACAAAAUUCGAAUGCUGAACAGCACAUUAAAGUGUAAGGAGCAUGACCUGGCCACAAUUAACCAGUUGCUAGAGGACCCAAAGUUGACGGCAAUGAAGUACAGAGAGUGGAGGAACACAAACAUCAUGCUAGUCCAAGAUAUUUAUCAGCAGCAGGAGGCCCAGGACAUGUCCACAGAGAACAUUGAGGAGCAAGAGCUGACUCCACAGCCUAUCACUGAAAGUGCCAUCUGA